AUGAUCAGGAUCUUCCCGGACUUCAGCGUGCAGGUGACGGCGUCGGCUGCCGGAGGAGGCGGAGGAGGAGGUGGAGGGAUGGUCAGCGGAGCCCCGGUGGGGCGCAUGCCGGUCCCGGGAGCCACCAACGGAACACCGCAGAGCGUCCAGGGACUUCCGAGCUAUCAGCAAAGAAACUCAGGGAUUUUACACUGUUUUUACAUGUAUGAUUUUGACAAAGAUCAGGUCAUAUUUGAUGGUGAUUUUAUGCAGAAAUUCCCUUACGACCCCUACUGGGAGCGUCCGGCCAACGCGGGCAGCUGUUCCGCCUCCCGGCCGAAGACCCUUCACCUGGCCGGAGGACAGCAGCACACCUCGUCGCCAUGGCUGCAGGCUCUGCGCAAGGAGAAGUCUCGUGACGCAGCGAGGUCACGGCGAGGGAAGGAGAACUUUGAGUUCUACGAGCUAGCAAAAAUGCUUCCCCUGCCAGGUGCCAUCACCAGUCAGCUGGACAAAGCGUCAAUCAUCCGCCUCACCAUCAGCUACCUGAAGAUGAGGGACUUUGCCAACCAGGGGGACCCCCCGUGGAACCUGCGCAUGGAGGGACCGCCACCCAAUACCUCAGUCAAAGCUAUCGGCAACCAGAGGAGGAGGAGCCCCGGCGCCUUGGCUUCGGACAUCUUUGAACCGCACCUGGGCAGCCACAUUCUGCAGUCCCUGGACGGUUUCGUGUUUGCACUAAACAAGGAAGGACGCUUCCUGUACAUCUCGGAGACUGUGUCCAUCUACUUGGGACUCUCGCAGGUAGAGCUUACCGGCAGCAGCGUGUUCGACUACGUCCACCCGGGUGACCACGUGGAGAUGGCCGAGCAGCUGGGCAUGAAGAUCCCGCCCAGCCGGGGGGCAUCGCUGUGCCAAGGCGCCAUCAACGAGGACGCUGCCUCGUCGGCGUCGUCUUCGUCGCACCCAGAGACGCCGGAGCCAGUUGAGUCAAGUAGUCCUGGUGUGGUGUCUCCCGACUACUGUCUAGAACGUUCGUUCUUCAUUCGAAUGAAGUCGACACUAACCAAGAGAGGCGUACACAUCAAAUCAUCAGGAUACAAGGUGAUUCACGUGACCGGUCGCCUGCGUAUCCGCAUGGCGCUAACCCACAGCCGCUCAGCGCCCAAUCAGAUCAUGGGCAUGGUGGUGGUGGCGCACGCCUUGCCGCCUCCUACCAUCAAUGAGGUGCGCAUCGAUUGUCAGAUGUUUGUCACGCGCGUCAACAUGGACCUCAAGAUUGUCUACUGUGAGAACCGAAUCAGCGACUAUAUGGACGUUUCGGCGGCGGACAUUGUGGGCAAACGCUGUUACCAGCUGAUCCACGCAGAGGAUGUGGACGCCAUCAGGCAAAGUCACGUGGACCUGAUGACCAAGGGUCAGUGCGUGACCAAGUACUACCGCUGGAUCCAGAGGAGCGCCGGCUUCAUUUGGAUCCAAUCCAGCGCCACCAUUGCCAUCAAUGCCAAGAAUGCCAGCGACAAGAACAUCAUUUGGGUCAACUACGUGCUUAGUAAUCACGAAUACAAGGACACGCCCAUCGACAUGGGCCAAAUGCCUAACCUCCCAGAAAAGAUUUCAGAAUCCUCGGAAUCUUCUGACUCGGAUUGCGAGUCCAAAGAAAAUUCUGACAAUGAGAAAGCAGCAGGUAAGCUCAGCCAAUCGGAGGCCGGUGAGGACACGGAGGCAGAGUCUCGACGAUUGCAACAGCGCUGCAUCCAAUCGCAGUGCCCAUCGGAGCAGGAAGUUAAGCGGCUGGAGGAGCACGAUACGUCCAGUAACGCUGACAGCAGAGACAGUGACGACAGCCUGGACGCUUCCGAAGCUGAGCCGGAAGAGCCUGAAGAGGCCGGAGGGGUGGCCGGGAUGGGUGGCGUACUGGCCGCAGUCCCAGGCGCCGUCCUGGGUGGUCUUCAGAUCAAAGUGGAACAUUAUGGCGAGGCAGAGGAACAUCUCCAUGCCUCACAGUCAUCUUCGUCAGAGGAAGAAGAGGAUGAGGAAGAUGAGGGCAUCGUGGCGGGCGCCCGCACAGUAGGUGACAGCGUGGAGCGGCUUCAGCGGCGGAAAAGGCGGAAAGUGCAGAAGUGGGACAGGACACAAAGCAGAAAGUUGCGGCUUUCCUCCACGACGGCCAGCCCGGUCAAUGAUGGCAACCCACUGCUGGAUGCUGCUGCUGCUCAGAACCCCUCGCAAAUUCUCUCCGUUGGCUCCCCAGGAGGCAACGUGUCCUCGGUCCUAAAGAUCAAGACGGAAAUGUCAGAGCCCAUCAAUUUCGACAACGACAGUAGCAUCUGGAACUUUCCACCCAACAGGGAGAUUUCUCGCAACGAGUCCCCGUACAGCAUGACUGCCAAGCCUGCCACCCCGAGCCCCCUCAAGCAGGGUGGCUCGCUCCAGGUCCCUAUCCCCGAUGCCGUCUUGACACCACCUGCCACUGAAGGCGGGGGCGGAGCCAGGAAGCCUCCGUACAACGGAAGCUCAACCCCGUCCAGUUUAGCGCCGCCCUCCGGCGGCUCCUCCGCAGAUCCCCUAUCACCGCCCCUUUCGGCUUCACCGCACAAGCAGCAGGGCACGCCCACCACCUCUUCCUCAUCAUUGCUUUGUUCAGGCGACCUGGAGGCGCUUCAGCGUUUACAGACGGGCAACGUGGUUCUCCCGCUUGUCCACCGUGUCACGGGCACCCUGGCGCCUGCUGGAAAUACACCACCGCGUGUGUACACCACCGGGACAAUCCGCUAUGCCCCUGCUGACGUCACGCUAGCCGUUGCACCGGGGAGCCUGAUCCCCAAUGCCUCCGUGAACUUUGUGGACGCACCGAAUUUUGGCCUGGACCCCAAGACGCCCAUGGAAAUGCUGUAUCAUCACGUGCAUCGUCUCAAUAUGUCGGCUGCCGCCGCUGCUGCAGCACCCUUCACGGGCUCCCCAGGGGCCGCCGGAGGGACAGGCACUCUGGCAGCCCAGAUCCCCGCCGCCGCCAACGUAUUCACCACAGCCGAUGGGAUUUUCUCCACGUUGCCAUUUCCAGUGUACACCAAUGGUAUCCAGGCUGAGAGAAAGGACGACUAG